UGCUAAUCCUGCCACUCAGCCGUGAUGCCGUCAGUCCAGUAAAGUUUAGUGCUGUAACUGCGGUCGGAUUGAUUGGAUUUUAUAAUCAGACGCUUCUUUUGGAAGCGAUCGAAAGAGGAAAAUGUCCGCCAGCGCUGUUUAUGUUUUAGAUCUGAAAGGCAAGGUCCUGAUCUGCCGCAACUACCGUGGUGAUGUGGACAUGUCUGAGAUCGAACACUUCAUGACCCUUCUUAUGGAUAAAGAGGAGGAGGGCACCCUGUCUCCCAUCCUGGCUCAUGGAGGAGUGCGCUUCAUGUGGAUUAAACACAACAACCUUUAUCUUGUUGCAACAUCUAAGAAAAAUGCCUGCGUCUCGCUGGUUUUCUCCUUCCUGUAUAAAAUUGUGCAGGUGUUCUCGGAGUAUUUUAAGGAGCUGGAGGAGGAGAGUAUCAGAGAUAAUUUUGUGAUCAUUUACGAGCUGAUGGAUGAGCUGAUGGACUUUGGCUACCCACAAACGACAGACAGCAAGAUCCUGCAGGAAUACAUCACACAAGAGGGCCACAAGUUGGACACUGGUGCCCCACGGCCCCCCGCUACAGUGACCAAUGCUGUGUCCUGGAGGUCGGAGGGCAUUAAGUACAGGAAGAAUGAGGUUUUCCUGGACGUCAUCGAGUCUGUCAAUCUUUUGGUCAGUGCUAAUGGUAAUGUCCUGCGCAGUGAGAUCGUCGGCUCCAUUAAGAUGCGAGUGUUUCUGUCGGGCAUGCCUGAGCUACGCCUGGGCCUCAACGACAAAGUCCUGUUUGAAAACACUGGUCGAGGAAAGAGUAAAUCUGUUGAGCUUGAGGACGUGAAGUUUCAUCAGUGUGUGCGUCUGUCUCGCUUCGAGAACGACCGCACCAUCUCCUUCAUCCCUCCAGACGGAGAGUUUGAACUUAUGUCCUACCGCCUCAACACACACCAGGUAAAGCCGUUGAUCUGGAUCGAGUCUGUGAUUGAGAAGCAUUCACACAGCAGAAUCGAGUACAUGAUAAAGGCCAAAUCACAGUUCAAACGCCGCUCUACAGCUAAUAACGUGGAAAUCCACAUCCCAGUUCCCACGGAUGCCGACUCGCCCAAGUUCAAGACCACCGUGGGCAGUGUGAAGUGGGUCCCGGAAAAUAGUGAGAUCGUUUGGUCCAUCAAAUCGUUCCCUGGAGGGAAGGAGUAUUUGAUGAGGGCACAUUUCGGUUUGCCGAGUGUAGAAGCCGAGGAUAAAGAAGGAAAACCGCCCAUCAGUGUCAAGUUUGAAAUCCCCUAUUUUACCACCUCUGGAAUUCAGGUGCGCUACCUGAAGAUUAUUGAGAAGAGUGGAUACCAGGCACUACCAUGGGUUCGAUACAUCACUCAGAAUGGAGACUAUCAGCUCCGGACUCAGUAGCAGAACUUGGGUCGUCUCCCCACCGUCUGUCCGGAACGCCGUGCAGGAUGGGAUCUCUCACUUUCUCCUUCUAUAUGUGUGUCUUUCUGUGCUGCUCUUUCUGGUUAGCGAUUGCUCUGCGGUGUCUGAGGAACAAAAUGAACCAAACCGAAAAAAAUCACCACUUAAAUUCAAAAACACAUCGACUAGUUCUAAAUGACUUUAAAUAACAAACACUGUCGCUGUUUGAUGCUGAUUGCUCUUGCAUACCAUGUCACACAACAUGCGACAAAGAGACCACAGCCAAAAAAACAACUCUAUAAAAUUCAACACUCGGAUUCUCUGGUGUGGUUUUUACUAGUCACAGCAACAAAGCGCUCGUUUGUUUCUGAACUUGUCAUGUCAGCAUUGUUUAAGGAAAACAGAUCAGCCCUUUACAUUUAUCUUAUAUGAACAACAUUUCCUCACUCUGUUCAGGGUUGUGGUGAGUCCAUGCCAACCAGAAACAGACGCAAGACAGGAAUACAGUUUAGUAAAGUCUUAAAAGUGACCCGUUUGUCUUAUUCUCAGUCUGUUAUAUUGGAGACUGCUCGCACCUCAUUUACAUUUACGGCAUUUAUGAGACGCUUUUAUCCAAAGUGACUUACAGUACUGUGACAGUAACAAUCUAAGCAAUUGAGGGUUAAGGGCUGCCCUUGCUCAUGGGUUCAACAGUAGCAACCUUGCAGUGGUGGGGCUUGAACCAGCAACCUUUUGAUUACUAGUCCAGUAACUUAAUCACUAGGCUACGGCUGCCCUUUUUGGUUUUCUUAAUUUUGGCUACAGCAUGUGUAUGAUCCUUUGGAUCAUCUUGACGAAGGCUGUUGCAGUGUCAGGACCCACAUUUUUUAGGAUGGGUUGAAUGCGUUUUUGUUGCAUCCUUUAGGAAUGAUCUCCUCCCCUUAUCUCACCCUAGUUUUGUUAAUAGCCAACAUGCAUGUUAAUUACUUUUGUUUUACCAGUAAUUUGGCUGAUCUGUACUGUUAUUGUUAGUGGAAAAUGUUGAACUCAGUUUUCCAGUUUGUUCCUCAAACACUGCUGAAUUCUGUACCCGAGGCCUGCUGUAAUACGUGCCAUGAUUUUGCAGACCAUCAUUUUUUAGUUUUCUUUAUGUGUGUAUGUGCAGAUUUGACAUCUGUGUUUACACUAGCAGAGAUGAUCUUAAAUAACCUCCUCUAACAUACAGUGUACAACAAUCCAGUAGAUCCUCAGAAACAUAUUUUAUCCAGGUUAUGCUUCAUUGUGAGGAUUAUUGAUCACAUUAACUGUUAGUAAUUGUUUACAGGACUGUUUCUGGUUACAUGUCACUAGUACGCAUGUGUAAACCAAACAGCUGUUUCAAGUGUUAUUAGUAAUAUAUUAUUAUAUAAUAAUAACAGUUGAAUAUUAUAUUAUUAUUAUAUAUCAUUAUAGAUUAUUUGAAUGAACAGCCAGUAUACUGAAAGCUUUAGCACUCACCGGUCAAAAUCAUACAGGUCAAUCAUUACACAAACUGUGCUGUUUUACCAUUGUGUUCUCUGAUUGUGUAUUUUCACCCUGUUUAUAGUGUUUACUAGGUUUUUAUAUACAACUCAUAUGUUUUUGUUUUCAGUAUUAUUACAUCAGAUGAAGAUUUGGUAUUUUGCAGGACUGGUUUGGUGAGAUUCUCACUCCGAUUGAGAUCAGCCUUGAUAUUUUUGGUGUCUGUUUGCUAUUUUUGUUGUUUUCACACUGAAAAUAUGGAGCCGAGUAACAAAUAAAACUUACAAAUGAGGCUUGUUUUACUGAAAUCAUCCCAGUUUUACUAGAACUGCAUCUCGUUGAGUAAUAUCACUCAGAUUGGGUACAGUGGUUUAGGAUCCAGUAUGACUCUAAAUUGAAAGCAGCGAUUCUGAAUCCAGCUGAAUUUGUGCAAUUUGAUAUCAAUCCAUCCAAAAGGACUUAGUGCUGGGAUCUUGCUGGGGUUGUCAAGGUAACCCAGUCCAGUACCCGCUAGGCUACAAAUGCAGGUGCUUGGAUCUUUAUUUAAGCUAUUUGACCAGUUGGAGUUGAACCAAAAGUUUAGGUUUUCUGGUCGUACUUGACUUUAUUAUAAGAAAGCAGCGAUCCUGAAUCCAGCUGAAUUUAAGCAAUUAGAUACCAAUCAAUCCAAAAGCCAAAAGGACUCGAUGCUGGGAUUUUGCAGGGGUUGUCAUGGUAACCGUAAUACCAAUAUGAUUAUUACAAAGCCAGCACAUUUUGGCUACCAAACAUUUUAACAUAAGUACUCCAACAACUUUGGUUUGGUUGGUUGGUGAUUUACUUCAGCUAUUUGGCUAGUUGGAGUUCAACCAAAAGUUUAGGUUUUCUGGCUGUACUUGACUUCAUAUAAUAAACAUUUAAGCAUGUUUUAUUUACCGAAAAUACUUUUUUGUAAGAUGGGACUUUUUGGCUUCGUUGGCCUCAUUGCUCCAUUGUGAAAAUGAUGAAGCAAACUUUGGACACCAAAUAGAUUUAGACUGAUUCACUAUUGAACACUGUGUAGAUCCACUAAUGUAUUUGACAUCAUCACGUUCAUGUUUAUCACCGAGGGGGCCAGUUCUUUUAUUCGAAUGUUACAGUGAAUAAAGGUUCAUUGCCAUUGCAAGCGAAAAUCAAAUACUAACGUUGUGCCAUAUCAAAAUGUCAAAUGUAUUACCUUGUUUCCUUCCUGUACUCUGUUACAGAGCAGCAUACGUUAUAUGUAUAUGUGUUUUUCUAUUGUGCUGCACUGGUUUGAACUUAAUUACCCUGUUACAUCACCAGUCCUGGAGGGAAUCUAGAAUAUUUAGAAUCAAUACGAAGGUGCUGCAUGGCCUCUGUGGAAUUUGAACGUGAAAUAUAAAUGCAUUCUGAUCUUUUCAUGUCUCCGGAACUGGUAUUGAAGCGACGGUUAAACUGUUGUGUUUCAUGCCUCAUUGUUUUGUUUUGUUAAUUUAGUGCUGUGAUGAACACGGAAGCGUCCUUUUUAUAGUAACCAUGCAGAACGUUGAAUGUUCAAUAGUUCUUAUUUGUGAAGGACUCCAGUUUUUGUUGCUGCUGUAAUUACUCAUUAAAAUGUAGGUCUCAAAAAAUGAA